ACACAUGUGGAAUUUCGUCUCCCGAUACCGAUUAUUCUAUUCGUUGGUCACACCCGGCUCAAGUUCCUGACGAUCGUUCGAAAUCGGAAGAACAAACACGGGACGACAACCAACCAUUGUCCGAUUUUAGUUAGUGACGUCAUGCGCAAAACAGUUCGUUCCUUAUCCCCUCCGUAUAUCUAUCCAGCUGUCCGUGGUUUGGCAGUCCGGUGAACGAAUUUCUCAGGGUGAUCGUUACGUAGGUUUUUCUCAUGCCAGUGGGUUUUUUCUUGCGAGCAAGAGGCGAGUGAAAAUCAUCGGUGUCGAACUAUCGAUACGCGGUCGAGUGCCAAUCGGGAGAACCUGUUCGGUGGAACUAAUUUUGAACAAGCUUGUAACGGUAUCGCACGGAUAGGGUGGCCUUCGGACUGACAAAAGGCAAAGACGUACGCAACAGAAACAACUGGCGUUCUCGUGUAUGCGACGAGGUCGUCGGAGCAACCGCCGCGCGGGCCAGUGAUUACAUAUUUAUUCAACUAUAGGAAUUAACGCGUAAGCUGUCCCACGGUCAUCGAAAACGUUCUGGAAUUCGUCCGAAUCGAACGAUUUCAGAGCGACGAGCCCAUUCGUGAGGGAUGUCUACCCCUGCAAGAAGGAGACUAAUGAGAGAUUUUAAGAGAUUACAAGAAGACCCACCCACCGGAGUAUCAGGAGCACCGACAGACAAUAAUAUUAUGAUAUGGAAUGCAGUUAUAUUUGGACCACACGACACUCCAUUCGAAGAUGGUACCUUCAAACUUAUAAUAGAAUUUACAGAAGAAUAUCCAAAUAAACCACCUACGGUCAGAUUUGUUAGUAAGAUGUUCCAUCCAAACGUAUAUGCCGAUGGAGGCAUUUGUCUUGACAUAUUACAGAACCGUUGGAGCCCUACCUACGAUGUUUCAGCUAUAUUAACAUCCAUACAGUCUCUUUUGGAUGAACCAAAUCCAAAUUCACCAGCCAAUUCUUUGGCAGCACAAUUAUAUCAAGAAAAUAAACGGGAAUAUGAGAAGAGAGUAGCAACUGUUGUUGAACAGUCUUGGUUGAAUUUCCAAGAAAGUCACACAGAAGAUCCCCGCUGACAUUAAGUAUGGUUCAUUUUGGAUUUCAUGAAAAAUGUAUUUGAUACACUUUUUUAUAUUAUUUCCACGAGUCUGUGGUUCGAAACACCUUUUCCUGCAUUGCUAAAUCUAUACAUUGAUAUACUCCAUUGUUCUACAGAUAUCUUCCCUUUAUUUUUUUUAAAUACAAAAGCUCUUUGGAUUUUUUUUAUUACAAAAAGAUGGAAGCAUUUACUUAAUUUUUGACUAUGUUUCAGAUACAUAAGAAUGUAGAGCAUUGGAGUGAUGUGGAAUCGCACUGUGAACUUAUGUGAUCUUUACCUAUAAGUAUAAAUAAAACGAUGUAUGGUUUUGCUCAUUAUAAUUAGACUUUAGGAAUCCUUAUGAAGCGAGAUUGAAAAAGAAAAAAUGAAAAAAACCUGCGUAUACGUAACGCGUCAUAACAUUAAGUUAUGUUAUAACAGCUACAUUUAAUUAUACAAAGGCCUUUAAAUGAUAAGUUUAAAACAGAUCAAACACUGAAAUAUUAAUAGUUUUUACUUAUAUGUUCUAAAUGGUAAUCUAUUGUAAAGUACAUAGUUCGUUUUUCUUUUUUUUUUGUGCACAGAAAGUAAAAAUGUCAGUGUAUAAAUAAUAUAGUACGGUAAAUAAUGAUAAUAAACUUUGUCAGAGGAAUAAUUACUGAAUAUUUGUCAUUUCCUAAUUUGUGGAACACAUAGAGUAAGGGAACAUGAAAGAGAAUCGAGAAUGAACGUAGUGUUAGAAAGCAAUAACGUUAAUGAAAACAUUAAAUUUAUUUCUUACAAACAUGUCUCAUAAAAAAAUGUUCUUACAACUGUGCAAAACUCACAUUGUUUUUAGGAAACAAUUCUGGUUUAUAUACAGUCCAAGUUUAUACUCGAUUAUGAAAAAAAAUAGCUGUUCAAACAUAUUGUACAUUAUGCACUAAUCGGGGAUUGUAUUCUAAAAAUACAGCAUAUCUAUUUACAAAGUAGAUCUUUCGACGAUUAAAAGAGAGAAGGUACAUAAAGUGGAAUUAGAUAUUCGAGUGUUGCACAGAGAUUCAAUCGUUUUCAUUUAUAGAUAUUACGUAUGUUUUAUAUUAAAUACAUGAUAAUUACCUAUAGCGAAUCUGUAACUAUAUUUUCUAUACAAUUAUACAUUUUACAAAUAAUACAAUAGAACUUUACCAAUGUUACUUAACGUAUAUACCGACGUAGUAAUAAUUCUGUAAUAAAAUCGUAUGCAUUACAGUUGUACGGAUCUUGAAAAAAAUCUCAUUAACAUUAAACUAUUUUAUUUACGAAAAUUUACGCUACGAAAUAUUACUCGCGUUAUUUAAUACUGCUAUUGCGUUUGAAAAACUGAAUGUACAUUUUGUAGUCGACUGCAAAAUCUAAUUUGCUCGGGGAACAUGUACAAGCUAAGUAACUCUUUGAAAUUUUCAACAUGAUUCAAUGAAUUUCGAAAAAUGUGCAGCAGCAAUCGGAGGAUAUCGGUUUCAUUCUCGUUCGAUACAUUCAUGUUACAAUAUUUACAAUAGCCAAUACUAUACAAAUCUAAUUUAUCUCCUACUGUUAGAUAAUUAUUUGAUAGUUCACACGCAUAUUUAUAUGUAUAUUCAAACACUUAAGAAACCAAACAAGUUUAGCCAGCGUAUCACGUGACUAUUAUCAUUUCUUUGUUUGCCAGGAGUCAAAUAAUGUAUUCGAUAGAACCGUAAAAAUUUAAAAAAUUAAAAAUUAUGAAGUAUCGAAUAAAGGAUUCUUUAGUUUUUUCAAUUAA